UUAUCGAUUGACAACACAGAAUAAACUUUUUGACACGCUGUCACCGGUACCUAUUAAGUUUACCAUUUAUUUUUGUAGCAAAAACAUGGCUCAAAUAGGCGCCGUCCUUUCAAGAUUCUACACAGACUACAACAACAAGACACCGAAGAAACUAAAACUAAUCGAUGCUUAUCUGCUGUACAUAUUAUUAACGGGCAUUGUUCAAUUCAUUUACUGCUGUUUGGUGGGCACUUUUCCCUUCAACUCAUUCCUCAGUGGAUUUAUCUCCUGUGUGAGUUGCUUCGUGUUAGCAGUGUGCUUACGAUUGCAAGUCAACCCAGAAAAUAAGAACCAAUUUUAUGGUAUCAGCCCAGAGAGAGGUUUUGCAGACUUCAUAUUUGCCCAUGUCGUGUUACAUUUAGUUGUUAUGAAUUUCAUUGGAUAAUUUCACUUUUAGUUUAUAUGUUUGUAAUUUUUUAAAGUAAAUAAAUGAUAUAUUGAUAACUCA